GCGGCAGAACAGGCUUGUCGAGCAUCUCUAUAGCAACUGCAAACAGCGAGGCACUUCAGAGCCAUCUCAAAGAGCAAAUGUGACCUGGGCCAUUACAUCUACAAGCACUACAAGACAACCGGGUCUCUUCUAAAGGUCAAAUUCAAGGUGAGUGCAGCGAGCAUGUCGUGGUUCAGCUGGAACGAGCCGUACUGCCGGAGCCCAAGACGUGAGCCGUCUGAAGUGGUCAAGGACACCCUGAUGCUGGAGCUGAGCUGGCAGAUGAAGGAGGCCGAGAGACGGCAGCGGGAGCGAGACAGUGAGUAUCGGAGGCUGAAGAGCGGCGUGGACUACAGCUGGCUCAUGAGCUCCCCACGCAGCUCUUUUGACAUCAGCCAAGGAGAGAGACUCGGCCUCGAGGACCUGUGUAGCAAAGUACCACCAUCAUACUGCGGAUCGGUAAUACAGAGGUUUCGGCAGGUGCUGAUGGAGAAUGAGCCUGAGCUGCAGGAGGUUUCCGGACUCUUCCGCUCUGUGCUUGUGGAAACACUUGAGCGUGUUCACGACGAGCAGGAGGCGCAGCAUCUGACCCACCAGUGGAACAACAGACGCCCCAUAAGCCUGUCGCUGAUGAGCUUCAGGUCUCGCGUGCGGAUCAACCCUUUCGGCAGCACCUUGGGACUGAAAUCAAACAGUUACGGCUCGGAGGAAGAUGGAGUAGAUGUCAAGACUGUGUGUGGGGAUGUUGAGAAGGGUCUUGGUCAGACAACAGAGAAAGCGCAGCGCGUGUGGAGCAUGCCGGAGAUUCGGCACAAGGGAAUCAAUGGGAAAGCUUGAGUGUCUGGGAGUGGGAUUCGACUGCCUGAUAUUCCCAGCACCACUGUCAGUGUAUUUAUAUUUUCAGAAAUAUGGAGGUAAGAGGUAUGUUGAUAUUGGGUAAUAAAACUUAAGUCUUAGCAAAGCAAAUAAAUGCAUUUGCUACAAGGACAACACUCCAACUCAUCACAUAUUGAUGCUUGGUCACUUUUUGACACACAGGGUCCUCAGUUGCUUUUUAAGAUAAAGAAAGUGACGUGACAUUCAGCCAAGUAUGGUGACCCAUACUCAGAAUUCAUGCUCAUUUAAACCAUCCAAAGUGCAUGCACGCACAGAAGGGUGCAGCCAUUUAUUUAAGUCGUGGUAUUGCCGGCCCAAGAUUCAAACCAACAACCCUAGGCUUAGGAGUCAAACCCUCUAACCACUAGGCCACAACUCCCCCUUUAAAUAAGACACCUUUGGACACCAAAGGCGCUUGAAAUGUUAUCUUUUUAUCAUGAAAUGUUAUCUUCAUGAUUAAGUUAUAUAAUAAUGCCAUUAUUGAUAUGUUGGGGUGUGACUUUUCAAUGUAAACAGUCACAACAGUUUUAUUUACAUUGCACUGUACACAUAUUUAUGAACACAUAAGCAAACCCCUGCCCCUAAAGCUACCAUUCGUCAAUAAAACACAAUAUGUAACAGGCAGAUAUAACUACAGUCAUCAUUUAUUCAAAAAGUAUUAAUAUUCCAAGUCUUCCAAGGCAAAAUGAUAGAUUUGUGAAAGGAAUAUCUACGGAGUAUUUUUUUGAGUGAAAUGUGAUACCCUUGUGCAUCAAAUAUGAUGCUAAUAGGGUACCUUGAACGUCAAAAAGCAAUGCCAAGGGGUCCAAACCAAGCGGUAACCUCCUGUGCUGCGUCCCAAUGUGCUUACUUACUUUAAGGGUGUAGUAUAUGUACUUUUUGGUGAAGAAAACGAACAGGAGUGACAUGGCUUUAGGCUUCAAAAAUGCUCUUUAGAAACCUUCGAGUGAUGUCACGGACACUACGUCCAUGUUUUUUAAUGGUCCUGACCAAGCAUCAGUAUGUGAGGAGUUGGCAGUGAGAAUGUGUUUGAUCCACGCCUAUAAAUGUACAUAUCUUAUAUGCAGUAAAUUCCUAAAACAGGAAACCAGAUAUUUGCCUGAUCACUCAUCAUCAGAUUCAAUUUGUAUGCCAAGUUAUUCUGAAAUAAUACAGUGGCCUAAUUUAACUUGUGAAUUUUUGAAAAAACUGUGUUUUAAAUUGCCCUUUUGUUUUACAAUUGAUAUAAAAAAUUAAUAAUAAUAAUAAAAUAUUCCAGAGCAGGUCAACUUUUGUAAUAUUCCCCAUUUUUCAAGACAAGGUGGUGCUGUUUUUGGAGUGGAAAUGUUUAGAUGCUUGUGAUUUUUUUUUUUUUUUUUUUUGCUUGUUGUCAAUGUAUGUUUAAGUGUGUAAGUGAUAAUUUGUUUGCUAAACAUUUAAAUGAACUGUAUUUAAUUCCUUUGUCAGGAAUUCACAACAGGUGUAACUGUAGAAUGUAAAUGUAUAAAGUCAAAAAGCUUUUUAAUUUCAUUAAGCUAAAAAAAAAUAAAAAAUCAUGUUUGCUUCUAGAGUUUGUGAUUUUGAGACAAACUCUGGUAUCCUACAUUUUAUUACAAA